GGCUGGCCCGGGCGGCGGGCGGCCGCGGUAUGUCAUGCAGGUGGCGGCCAAGGACGGGCAGCUGCUCUCCUCCGUGGUGCGGACUCUCGCCACACAGAGGGCCGCCACCCACCAGACGAGGCUGCCCGGGAUCCCAUUCAACCUGGCCCUGAGUGCCUCCAUGGGAUGGGGCACCCACAGCUUCUCUAGGAUGCUGAGAGAGAAUGCAGGAGAAUUGGCUGCGGGAGGAAAGUGCUGGACAUGGCAUUCCCUUCCCAGGCUGCUCUUAUCUACUCUUGGGCAUCUGGUGGGGGACUGUCCCAAGGAAUGCAGUCCCUUCAAUGACCGCCCGAUGUGCAGGAUCUGCCAUGAGGGCAGCAGUCAGGAAGACCUGCUUUCUCCUUGCGAGUGUAUGGGGACACUGGGGACCAUCCACCGCAGCUGUCUGGAGCACUGGUUGUCCUCGUCCAACACUAGCUUCUGCGAGCUCUGCCACUUCAGGUUUGCAGUGGAGCGCAAACCCAGGCCGCUGGUAGAGUGGCUGAGGAACCCGGGUCCCCAGCAUGAGAAGCGGACUCUCUUCGGAGACAUGGUGUGUUUCCUGUUCAUCACUCCACUGGCAACUGUCUCUGGCUGGCUGUGCCUGCGGGGAGCUGUGGACCACCUGCACUUCAGCAGUAGGCUUGAAGCUGUCGGCCUCAUUGCACUCACUGUUGCACUCUUCACCAUUUACCUCUUUUGGACCUUAGUAUCAUUUAGAUAUCACUGUAGAUUAUACAACGAAUGGCGUCGGACCAACCAGCGGGUGAUACUCCUUGCCCCCAAGUCUGCCAACAUUCCCUCCAACCAGCAGUCCCUGCUGGGCCUGCCAUCAGUCAAAAGGAACUCAAAGGAGACAAUCGUUUGAUUUGGGCCAUUCUGCUCUGAGGCUGUGCACUAAGGACAUUUGCCUCAAACUCACUAUGCUCAAACACCAUGCAGAACCCAGCAGUGUGCUAUCCUGAUGCACAGACUCUUCAUGAAGAAGGAAAUUGCUAUCUGAAUUCAAAUGCUGGACGCUGCAGUCCUAUUUGCUAAGCUACCAAAUGUGUUUAUUUAGCAGAUACUGUGUGGAAGCUGAUGUUAAUAUUUGCAUCAUCA